AAAGUCGAGAUUUUGAUUGGACCCAUGAUUUUCAUUCGGAGAAAUUGUUAUCUUUGGGCUUAAUCGGAAAAUGGACGUUCUCGCCUUAUCCUCUUCCGCGUCCGCCGCUUCUUUCGCCGGAAACUUACCGUUGUUUACUUCUAGGGUCAGAGUGAGAAGAAACCGGGAGAAUUUAUUCGUUAAACAGAAGAAGUUUUUAGUUUCAGCUUCGAAAAGAGAAGAGCCUAAGCUCAAUGAAUGGGAUCAAAUGGAGCUCAACUUUGGCCGUUUACUCGGAGAAGAUCCGAAAUUGACUUUGGCUAAGAUAGUUGCUAGAAAAGUGGAUCCAGAAGCUUCUUUCAUUGAAAUUGAGAAAUCUUUCUACAAGAACAAAGGUAAAAUGCCUGAAGUUGAAGAGAUUCCAUUGGAUUGGUCAAAGGAUAAGAAGAAGACAUCUACUAGUUCACUGGAUGGAUUGAAAUUGGUAAAGCCUGUUCUUAAAGACGGAGUCAAGUUCGAAAAGCCAAGCCCUGUUUUGAAGAAGCCAUUGGUGGAGGCUGCUGCUCCAAAGGUGCAGAGAUUGCCUAAUGUUAUAUUGAGAAAGCCGAGUUCGUUUUAUACUAGUAAUGAUGAUGAUGAGGAGUCUAAGUUGCGGUUGAAACCGAAUCUGACACUGAAAAUGAGGAAUGAGAGGGAAAAUGAGAGGUUUAGUGAUAUGACAUUGUUGAGAAAACCGGAACCAGUGAGCGUAGAUGCAGCAGAGGAAAGUUCUGAAGAUAAGGUUAUCCCUGAUGGGUUAACUAUGGAGGAAGGAGGACAAGAAGAUGUAACAUAUUCAGAGUAUACUCUUUUGGAGAAGCCAGAAGCAAGGCCUAAGCGUGAGAACAUAAAAGAGGAAGUUGGAGAUAGCAGAGCAGUGGAAUCAUCAGAGAUAGAAAACAACUCGAUUCAGAAGCCAGAAGCAAGGCCAGAGCCUGAGAACGUAGAAAAUAAUGUUGGAGAUAGCGGAGCUGUGGAAUCAUCGGAGAUAGAAAACAACUCAAUUCCAACUGAAAUGCAGCUUAACAACGAGAGGUCCUUGGGAUCCUCGGAGGAGAAAACCGCUAACAGUGAUCCAAUCCAGAGAAUUCUUUCGAAACCAAUUUCUCAAACCAUCAUAGAAGCUUCUUUACAAGGGAAACCACAAAGAUUAGACCCGUCUUCUGUGGAGCCAUCAGUUUCAGACAAAGGACAACCGUUAAUCGUGAACCAUGAAGGUCGUCAGGUCUCUGUUGAGCUCAAGGGUCCUCCUACCAGAUCGUCCUUGGAGGAAAAUGAUUGGAAUAAGGCAGAGUCUCUAGUUAAAACAGAAUUACGAGCAGAUGUUGAGCUAAUAAGUUCAAGCACUAGAGGAUUUGCUGUUUCCUAUGGAUCUUUGAUCGGAUUUUUACCCUACCGGAACCUAGCAGCAAAAUGGAAAUUUCUCGCAUUUGAAUCAUGGUUAAGAAGAAAUGGUGUAGAUCCAUCACUGUAUCGACAAAACCUUGGGGUAAUCGGAGGUCAAGAUGUCACAAGUAAAGCUCCAUCUCCAGAUUCAAGCUUAGAUUCUGAAGUCGCUACAUCGAUCAACGGAGAGGUUUCUUCUGAUAUGAAGCUGGAAGAUCUUCUUAUGGUAUAUGACAGAGAAAAGCAGAAGUUCCUGUCAUCUUUUGUUGGCCAGAAAAUCAAAGUGAAUGUUGUUAUGGCUAAUCGAAACUCAAGGAAGCUUAUAUUUUCGAUGAGGCCGAGAGAAAAUGAAGAGGAAGUUGAGAAAAAACGAAAUCUUAUGGCUAAGCUUCGUGUUGGGGAUGUUGUGAAAUGCUGCAUCAAGAAAAUUACCUAUUUUGGUAUUUUCUGUGAGCUAGAAGGUGUCCCUGCAUUGGUUCACCAGUCAGAAGUUUCAUGGGAUGCAACUUUAGACCCUGCUUCAUAUUUCAAGAUUGGUCAGAUUGUGGAAGCGAAAGUGCACCAGCUAGAUUUUGCUCUUGAACGUAUCUUCUUGUCGCUAAAAGAAAUCACGCCUGAUCCUCUAACCGAAGCCUUAGAAUCUGUAGUUGGUGGUGAUAAUGAUCAGUUGGGGGGACGAUUACAAGCAGCAGAGCUCGACGCUGAGUGGCCUGACGUGGAAUCUCUGAUCAAAGAGCUGGAAAUGGUUGAAGGAAUCCAAUCUGUUUCAAAAAGUCGUUUCUUCUUGAGCCCGGGUCUUGCUCCAACGUUUCAGGUUUACAUGGCUCCAAUGUUUGAGAACCAAUACAAACUGCUUGCUCGAGCUGGAAACAGAGUACAAGAGCUUAUUGUUGAAGCAUCGUUGAGCAAAGAAGAGAUGAAAUCUACAAUCAUGUCUUGCACCAACAGAGUAGAAUGAGAAUAUUUUGAAGAAUGGAUAAGUGAUUCCACUAUUUUUUUGUAUUCUUCAAAGUGGUAUCACUCAAAGACUUACCAAGUACAACAACAAUAUAUGAUUUCUAAUGUAAUACUUCCUGAGCUUUUAUGAUGUCAAAACAAUUUCCCCACAAAAGCAAGAAACUGGAAAUGUAUAG